UGUAUAAAUCUGUAGUUCUCAUUUGUACAUUUCACCCAUUUUUUUUUGACUUGGAAAUUAUUGCAAAAGAUAUGCUGACAGCUCAGCCAAGAACCAUUGCUCUCCGGCAAUCGGAGAUCAUCAUCACCGCCGGAAAACACCACAGACUUGCCAGGAACCCUACCCGGUUACAAGGGUUGGUCACCAGCAGGCCUGUAAGAGCAGUGAUCAGAAGUGGUGAUAACAAUACUAAGGUGGAUACUGCAAGAAAGUUAACAGAAAAUAAUGGGCCUUUGGCUUCUUCAAAACAUGCAGGGAUUCAUGUGAGAGCAGUGAUCACUAUAAGGAAGAAAAUCAAGGAAAAUAUUCUUGAAAAGAUUGAAGACAAUUGGGAGUCUUUGAUGAGUGGGAUAGGCAGAGGAAUCUUGAUUAAACUAAUCAGUCAAGAUAUCGAUCCGGAUACCAAUUCAGGAAAGAGUAUAGAGUCUCAUGUGAGGGGAUGGUUGCCAAAGCCAACAAACAAUCCACAUAUUGUUGAAUAUGGAGCUAAUUUUUGCGUGCCUUUGGAUUUUGGAUCACCUGGAGCUAUUCUUAUAACCAAUUUCCAUGGAAAUGAAUUCUUCUUGAAGGAAGUUGUAGUUCAUGGAUUCGUCGAAGGUCCCAUUUUCUUUUCGGCAGAUACAUGGAUUCAUUCACGAAAUAAUAAUCCCGAAAGCAGAAUUAUAUUUAGAAACGAGGCUGUGUUACCGUCUCAAACGCCUCCGGGAAUUAAGGAUCUUCGACAUGAAGACUUGAUGAGUGUUCGUGGAAAUGGAAAGGGGGAGAGGAAAAUGCACGAGAGAAUAUAUGAUUAUGAUCGUUAUAAUGAUUUAGGAAAUAAUGAUAAAAUCGAAGAUUUGGCCAGGCCGGUGUUGGGCAACAAAGAACAGCCUUAUCCCAGGCGCUGUCGAACAGGUCGACCACCGACUACGAAAGAUCCCUCUACGGAGACUAGAACCGAGAAACCCCAUCCAGUGUAUGUUCCUCGGGAUGAAGCUUUCGAGGAGAUUAAGCAGAACACGUUUUCAGCUGGAAGAUUGAAGGCUUUGCUCCACAACUUAAUACCACUUAUUGCUGCUACUUUGUCGGCUUCGGACAUCCCUUUUACUAAUUUCUCAGACAUAGACGAUCUGUAUAAGGACGACGUUGUGCUAAAUGAAGAAGGGCGAAAAGAAGUAAAAACAAAUCAUUUUCUAACCAAUUUGAUAAAUCAAGUGUUAACAGUUGAUGAUAAGUUGCUGAAGUAUGAUAUACCGGCCAUCAUAAAGCGAGACAGAUUUGCAUGGUUACGGGACAACGAGUUUGCACGGCAAACUCUGGCUGGGGUCAAUCCUGUUAACAUUGAAUUGUUAAAGGAAUUUCCGAUUCGAAGUAAAUUGGAUCCUGCAAUUUAUGGCCCUCCGGAGUCAGCUAUCACCAGGGAAUUAUUAGAGGAAGAACUGUCGGGUAUAAGUGUCGAACAGGCUAUAAAGGAGAAGAGGUUGUUUAUGAUCGACUAUCACGACAUCCUUUUGCCAUUCAUUGAGAAGAUAAACUCAUUGCCUGAUAGAAAAGCUUAUGCCUCGAGAACAAUAUUAUGCUAUACUCCAAAUGGUAUUCUCAGCCCAAUUGUCAUCGAGCUUUCACUUCCUCCUUCACCUUCUUCACCCAGUAACAAGCGUGUCUUUACUCAUGGACACGAUGCAACGACUCAUUGGAUUUGGAAACUAGCUAAAGCGCAUGUUUGCUCCAAUGAUGCAGGCAUCCAUCAACUCGUAAACCACUGGUUGAGGACGCAUGCUUGUAUGGAACCUUAUAUAAUCGCUACACAUAGGCAGCUUAGCUCGCUGCAUCCAGUUUAUAAGCUUCUCCAUCCUCAUUUGCGCUACACCAUGGAAAUCAAUGCCCUUGCACGGCAAAGUUUAAUAAAUGCAGGCGGAGUUAUUGAGGCUUGUUUUCUCCCUGGAAAGUAUGCCAUGGAAAUAAGCUCUGCAGCUUAUAAGAGCAUGUGGCGCUUUGAUAUGGAAGCAUUGCCUGCAGAUCUAGUUCGAAGGGGCAUGGCCGUCGAGGAUCCAUCAGCAGCCAAUGGUGUGAAACUCAUAAUCAAAGACUAUCCAUAUGCAGCAGACGGACUUCUCAUAUGGUCUGCCAUAAAAGAUUUGGUCGAAUCUUAUGUUGGUCACUACUACUCCGGGCCUAAUUCCAUCACGGCUGACGUCGAGCUCCAAGCCUGGUGGAAUGAGAUCAAGAACACGGGACACUAUGACAAAAGAAACGAACCGUGGUGGCCUAACCUCGCUACUAAAGAAGACUUAUCUGGUAUACUUACAACAAUGAUCUGGAUUGCUUCUGGGCAACAUGCAGCUAUAAACUUUGGACAAUAUCCCUUCGGAGGAUAUCCACCUAACCGUCCUACUCUCAUGCGUAAUCUAAUACCUCAAGAAGGCGAGCCCGACUACAUUAGUUUUCUUCUUAACCCAGAGCGUACUUUUUUGAGUUCUCUACCUACACAACUCCAAGCAACUAAAGUUAUGGCAGUCCAAGACACACUGUCAACACAUUCUCCCGAUGAAGAGUACUUGAAUCAGCUGCCCCAUAUUCAGAGAUUUUCGUUCAGUGAUCCGGAAGUUCAACUACUGUUUGAAAGAUUCUCGGCCAAAUUAGAUGAGAUCGAACGUAUUAUUCAUUCAAGAAACAAGGAUAUACAUCUGAAAAACAGAAGUGGUGCUGGUGUUCCUCCAUAUGAAUUGUUUUUACCCUCGUCUGAUCCUGGUGUAACUGGUCGAGGAAUUCCCAACAGCAUCUCAAUCUGAUAGUUAGUUCGAUCCGAAUUCUAAGCAUCCAAGUUUUUUCAUCCCAUCCCUUUGUGAAAUAUGUUGUUUGUAUAAAGUUUGUGCAUUUUACGGGAUGAUGUAAUUAGUGUUUCCUGAGGCUAAAGGGAAAGAACAACUUUGAAAUAAUAGACAGCGGCUGGUAGGAAGCUUGAAAUCGAGAUCCGUAAAAUGCGUUACGAUCCUAACUCGAUAAACUUUUAUCAGGCAAAUAAUGCCUAGAAGAAGCCACUGCAUCAGUCUUUGCAAUUUAAUUCUUUUCUUCUCCAUGUUUCGCA